AUGGCCCGCCGAUCCAACAACAGCCGCCACAACAUCGCAUCUCCACUGGACCGCUUCCGCCUUUCGCUUCGGCAAGCCAUCACUAGAGAGCGGGAGAACAGCGCACCAACUACGCGGCCUGAAUCCACGCCGAUGGAGCAGCAACUCAAGCGUAUCAUGACACAAUUGCGCGGCAAGAAUCCGUUCUUUCGCAAGUUCGACAAGGACGACACAUCACAAUCCUCUGGCCUCCGCUGGAAGCCGACCCCAUGGUCGGCAGCCGAAUACAAGCAGGCGAGUCAAGUCUCGGAGUACAUCAAGACGGUAAACGAGAAAUCGUUUAGGGUUCAUGGACCAAGGCUGUACCAAGCCGGAGAGGCGAUUCUGAAACUACGGCACAGCACCACGCGCCACAUCGACGAAGAGAUGAAACGAGUUCUCGACUACUACGUGGCGCUGGUGGGGAAAACUCGACCGGGUGAGCCUGCCGUCACUUACAAGCGCCCCAGCAUGCGCUGCGAGCUGGAGACCAAACAGCGCAGCGGCGCCGUAUUGAAGUCCGUCGGCAAGCCAGAUCCCAACAGUGUCGACUCCAUUAUCAACUCGCACUGCGACACCUCCAACGUACAGCAGUACAAGAAGUGGGUCGGCGAUUUAUAUCGCAGCGUCAAGUUCCACACCACCGGUUACUUCAAACAGAACGUCUACGAGCUCGCCCGACUCCUGGGAGGAGUCACUCGCUUCCGACAGAUCGCGCGCAUAGUGCGCAAAGCUGUCUACGCGCGAUUGCUUGCGGCAGGUCCUGUCGCCGUGCUGAGAUAUGCCUUCAAGGGCGAGUACAGAGCGGUGGACAUCGAGGGCAUCUUUGCCUCCGAUACCACGCCGAAGCACCGCCUCUGGCAGGCGAUAUACAAGCGGAAGUUUGUCAAGCUCUGCUUGACUACCGAUGAUAGGUUCCUUCCUCUACCAGAAGAGGACAAGGCGAAGAGCGAUUCGGACGCAGAGAUCGGUGGUGCAUACGACGAUAUCAUGACAGACAAGAAGAUAAAGGAUCUCGGUAUUCCCAUGGCUGCCGACGGCCCCAGCAGGGCCGAUCGAAAGACAACAUAUAAGAGUCCGCUCUUCUUCUCGGGGGACUAA